CCUUUACGCGUUUGUGUUUUCCGUUUGUGUUAUUUAACGCAGGCAACUUCUAAGACCGAGAAUUACAUCUCAAUAGAACAUUUGCAUUUAAAGGACAGUAUACGCUAGGAAGGACAUAAAUGACGAUAAUGUGAUAGAUAUUUAGCCCAUGGCCAUUUAAUAACAUGAGACGUUUGCUUCUUCAUGACUGACUCCAACCCUCGCGAAGGGGUUUGUGAUCAAACCGAAUGGGAUUCCCCUAAAAUGGAGGCAAUCUAGCCACGGCAGGGCGCGUCGUACCACCCAGAAGACGCAUGCAUACUCUUCUUUUCUCUUUUUUUUGUGUGUGUGUGUUGCUCUACUCCUCCCUUCUGCCCUCCCUCGUUUUCUCCUCGUCUCGUCUCCUCGCUGCUCGCAACUUCGCCUCACGCUUCCCAUCCGCUCGCUCGCUCGCUCGCUCGCUCCCCCCCCCCCAAAAAUACCGUUUUGCGCGUUAUUAUUUUGGACAUUUCGCAGCGAUGCCGAGGGCUCGACGUUAAAAAAAAAAGUAAACUUCGCACGGCGAAGUGUGCGCGCCUCGCAUAAACCAGGGACGUAACUACUUAUCAAAUGAUCCGCUUUCCACGGCGUUUGAUUUAAAAGCAACGCACCCAAACCACAGCAUUAAAGCGAAGGACGGCCGAGCCCAACGGGCGCUCCGCACAGGUCUGGCCGUACCGUAACCGAGGGCGGACGCGGCUACAAUGAGCAGAACGUGCGAAGCGAGCACGCCUCUCCAGUAGGAGCUGGAGGAGGCGGUGUGGGCGCGACGCACCCAGGCUCCAUGCUGCAACAGCCCCCGGCCACGCCCACUUCCUCCCCGACCGGCCCUCGUCGGCGCCUGCAUCUGUGCGGCCACGUGUGCCCGUGAGUUUCCCGCCCAGACAGACGAACACUCGCGCGUGGCAUUUGUUGGCUCCCUGGUCCCGCCCCCAACCCCGCCCACCCAGCAGACCGCUCGCCUUCUCACCUUAAGGACAGUCGAUCCGUCUCCCCUUUCGGACUCCGCGACCUCACGGUGCCUCUCUCCUCCCCGCCCGGCUCCUGUCACCCGGACAUGCGAGUGUCAGCAGGCAGGCCACCGGCAGCGGGACGGGAGCUUUUAGGAGCCUAAAGGAGGAGCAGACGCGGCAGUUCUACGCGGACGUGGCACUCCGGGGACGUCCGAGGAGACGCAGAGCCGUGGAGGGAGCGUGCGGACGGUGAGACGACCAGACGCCCCCUGUGGCGUGAUACCGUCGUCGUAAACGUACCGGGACGUACAAAGCUGCACGGCCCCUGACCUUUGACUCUCGCUAGCCCCCUUGCGCCGUCCUGCCCGGACGCCGGAGCAUGUCCCAACACUUUUUCACCGAAGCGAGCGUUUCCCGUGCCGCCGAGAAGUGACCGUCAACCCCACUCCACCCUCUUCGUCUCCCCCUUGACGCCACCCUCCACCCACCCCUCUGCUCGUGCCGCAGUCGGCCAUGGCCGUCAACGUGGCCAUGGGCCGCGACACCAAGUGGCUGACCUUGGAGGUGUGUCGCGAGUUCCAGAGAGGCGCAUGCUCACGCUCCGACGCCGAGUGCAAGUUCGCCCACCCCUCACGCACAUGCCACGUAGAGAAUGGUCGAGUCAUCGCCUGCUUCGACUCGCUCAAGGGCCGCUGCACCCGCGAUAACUGUAAGUAUCUGCACCCCCCGCCGCACCUGAAGACCCAGCUGGAGAUCAACGGCCGCAACAACCUCAUCCAGCAGAAAGCGGCAGCAGCCAUGUUGGCCCAGCACAUGCAGCUGAUGUUACCCGGAACGCAGCUCCAGCCCAUAACCUCGUUCCCUGUGUCGCCGUCGCUGGCUCCCAGCCAGGGCGUGGCGUUCGGCCCGUACGUGGGCCACAUGAGCCCCGGCAUCGGCCUGGUGCCCGAGCUGCUACCCGCCGCCCCCGUGCUGGUCCCGGGGAGCCCCACCGGCAUCGCCAUGGGCAACGGGAAUGCUGCGCAGAAGCACGUGCGCACGGACAAGCUCGAGGUGUGCCGUGAGUUCCAGCGGGGCAACUGCACGCGGGGCGAGAACGAGUGCCGCUAUGCGCACCCGGCUGAGGCGGCCAUGGUGGACGGCAGCGAGAACUCGGUGGUCGUCUGCAUGGACUACAUCAAGGGCCGCUGCAGCCGCGACAAGUGCAAGUACUUCCACCCGCCGGCGCACCUGCAAGCGCGGAUUAAAGCUGCUCAGCACCAGGCCAGCCACAGUGCCGUCGCCAUGGCUCUGCCCCCUGGGACCAUGCAGCAGCUACCAAAGAGGCCCACGCUGGAGAAGAACAAUGGGGCCACGGCGGCCGUCUUCAACCCCAGCAUGUUCCACUACCAGCAGGCCCUGGCUAGCAUGCAGCUGCAGCAGCCAGCCUUCCUCCCCACAGGGCUUUUCAAACCCCCUGGCCCACUGGCAGAGGGCCGCUGGGAGAGACGGGACUGGAGCAGCUGCAGGGUCCCUCACAGCCGCUACCUAUCAGGGCCCGGACAUGCCGUAGACCCCGCCGAGGUACUGACGGCAGAUCCUGCAGACCUCCACUGCAUUCCUGUGGAUGGCCACUUCAGCCCAGUUCCCAAACUCCUGCUGGCGGCGCCCAUGACCCUGAGUACUGUAAGCCUCGCCCGCAACCUCAGUUAAGACGCCCUCACCCACCCCCCCCAACCCCUCUGUCAUCAGUCCCGACUGCGCCGCCGAGACGUGAAUGCAACAAAUGUGUGCCUAAACAGUACGCCCUCCCCAGGGCGACCCUUUCAUCCUCGCAGCUGACAGACACGCUCCAUGUCAUGUAAGGGGGAAAAAAGAAGAAGAAAACAGACAUCAUCAGCAAAGGUUUGUUGAUGCUGAAACAGGCAAUACGUAAGCUUGGACAUAUAACUGUUCCAGGAAGCAUGCCAUGUUGAUGCAAAGAGACUUAGAGGAGUUGAAUGCUCUUUAAAUUCACAGCCAUACAAGUGUACACACACACACACACACACACACACACGUAUACACACGCGCUUCUGAACACAGUGCGCCAACCUGAAGUGACGGUGAAAUCUCAGACCCUGCAUCAAGGAUCCACCGCGAGUAAUGGAGCUGAGGCCCGACUUCACCUGAAAGCACAUGCGGAUCUCUGCAGCCGGAUCAAUAGCCCACGUGGAGAAUCCCAGCCAGCGAUGGCUGUGCGUGUGCCUGCACACAGCUCCAGGCCGAGAGAGGAGCACAGACUGCUCAUGAUGUUUCGCUUGGCGUCAGUGGUUGUUGUAUUUCAUUUCCUUUCCAUCCCCAACAAAGCUUGCAUGUGAUUUUUGCUUUGCGCUCAGACUUCAGAAGUUCUUACGUGUUACCCUGAUGGAGAAUUAUUCAUGUCAUCGUAAAGUUGUUGUUGCAUCUUGUCCAAAUGGCCGGUUUAGUUUAAAGGUCGUCAUUGUUCGUGCCUUUCACGUUAGAAGCGUGCGAAAGUUUUUUUCCUGAUACUCAAGAAACUGACCUAGAUCUUCUGGUAGACUAAAAAAACAAAAAACACAAAAAAAUAAAAACAAACAAAAUCCAAAAAAAUUUUAAAAAUCAUAUGCUUGUAGCCUUUAAAAUGUCAGCGUGCGAUUCCUUACUCUUUGUAAAAAUCCACUUGAUGUCUGUUUUAUGGUCUUGGUCUCGUGAAAGAGUAUUACUCAUUUAACCCAAACCUGAUGUGCAGAAGAUGGUUGACUGAAAUUAAGUGUUAUUUCUCACUGCGGCGUGUUUGUAGGGACUGUCUACGCUGAUCCACACACUCACACCACCAUUUUCUAAAUGCACGCUGCCUUUGAGCAGGAUUUGGAGCGCCCGAGCGCACUGCCUGUAGAGCCGCGGGGUCCGAUCGCGGGAGGUCCAAGACGGUCCGGGUCUGUGCUACACCCGCACGGCACCUGCCACCCCUCCAUUGGACCGCUGCCAUUUCUGAGCCUAACUGCUCCUCUCCCGUUAGCCACGUCACGGCCCAUGGCCCGCCCCGUAUAAGCUAACGGUUGCUCCCUCCCAAUUUCCAUAUGAAAACGAUCGGUGAGGUCGCUGUGGUUUCACCGGAGCCCCUGUGGCGCGAUCGCUGGGCCUCGCUACCGUGUCUGUCUCCGGCUCUCCGCGUAGUGCGGACGGCCCCUGCCAAAAUCCAUGGCCCCCGCCUGCCCACUGCGUGACGGUCUGUUUGUCUUUGCUCAUUGCCUGGCCCUGUUUGUUCCACCUCACAGUAACAUGAGAUCUUGGAGCCAUGCAUGCUGCAGAUAUUCUCAGCCAAAAUGCCCCAUGUCGAAGUUCCAUAGAACGCUUAUAUAUUUGGAGGUAAAAAAUGCAGCAAAAAGCUGUCUAGCGUGUAUACUUUGCAAAAUGGCUGCAGCUGAAUAAGAACCCUGACAGUGCAGUUUGCUGAACACCCCUUAAAUUGAUUGUAGUGUGGGAAUCGGAAAAAGUACAUUCAGAGCUCACCGUCAGUGGGCACCGAUUGCCGUCCUUUGCCAUGGUCAGGCUGUCCAGUAAGUGCAUCAAAGGCUAUAGGAUGUGGAGAUCUCCUAAGCAGACAUUUCAAGUGCACUGUUUCUUGUGCCAAUGACUCCCAGACCUGGGUCACUCUGUGCCAAUCACUUGUGAUUUAGAAAGAGUAAAGUGAUUAAAGGAACAAAUCCCAUAUGCGAGGCCCAAAAUCACACUGAUUUGGAUUUAAAAAUGCUACAUCUGGCGCAGACUGUGAUGCGCUUUCCUCUGAGUCCUUCCAUCUUUGCUAAUUCACAUCAUAUGGUUGACUGGAGUUGCCUCUAGCUGCUCUAAAUAUUAUAUCUAUAGUGUCUGUCUGCAGUGCGUGGAUGCAGCGACUGCCCUUGAUCUGGUGUACUGAGAGACCUUUUAAGUUUCUUUGACAUGGCCGACGGUGUCGGUUUGUUUAGAACGGACUGGUACAGAGACGCAUGUCAUAAAACGCCAACCCGAGUCAUGUUUUGUGUAGUAGUAGAAUGCGUGAUUGCCCCGCCCAGUGAUUGUCGGCUAAUGCUUAUCGGAUGUCGGUGCGUUUUGUUGAUUUUAAAUUAGAAUUAAGCUGAUGAUGUGUUUUUGUCUUCAUAAUUAUACGUCUGUUUAGAAGCCUGAAUUCAAACCACUGAUUUUUGAUAACUGAUCGUGUCAUUUUCGAACGUCGCCAGACCAAAAAACCUAGGGCUUACCUGGCGG